AUGAGGCCAAAGCUUUACCAGCUGACACUGCAGAGAUCUUCUGCAAUCACGCAUGCCAUCUACGGAAAUUUCUCAGCACCGAAGGCGCAGGAGAUCGUGUGCUCCCGCUACAAGACGCUGGAGCUGCUGAGGCCCGACGAUUCCGGAAAAGUGCAGAGUAUCCUGUCCGUGGAGAUUUUCGGUGUCAUCCGAGCACUGCAUCCAUUCAGACUGACUGGAGCCAGUCGGGAUUACAUAGUUGUGGCGUCGGACUCGGGCAGAAUAGUCAUCCUGGAGUACGAUGGUACGAAAAACAUGUUCGAGAAAGUGCAUCAAGAGACCUUCGGCAAAACCGGUUGCCGGAGAAUCGUGCCGGGUCAAUAUCUCGCAGUUGACCCCAAGGGUCGAGCCGUGAUGAUCGCCGCGAUUGAGAAGCAAAAGUUUGUCUACAUUCUGAACAGGGACUCUGCAGCGCGAUUGACAAUUUCGUCGCCACUUGAAGCGCACAAGAGUUACACGUUGGUCUAUGGAAUGGUUGGCAUGGAUGUUGGAUUUGAGAACCCUCUUUUCGCCAGCAUAGAACUCAGCUACGAGGAGGUGGACAAGGAUCCGCAGGCAGAGCCCCCGCAGAAGAUGCUGACACUCUACGAGAUGGACCUGGGCCUAAACCACGUGACUCGAAAGUUUGCAGAUGCAGUGGACCAUAGUGCUCAUGCCUUGAUCGCCGUCCCGGGGGGUGUCGAUGGGCCGAGUGGGGUCCUGGUCUGUUGCGAAAAUUGCCUCGUGUACAAGAAGCAGGGCCACCCCGAUGUCGUGUGCGCGAUUCCAAGACGUCUUGAGAUGGCCCAGGAGAAAGGUUUGCUCAUCGUGGCACAUGCGACACACAAGCUGAAGGACUUCUUCUUUUUCCUCAUCCAAAGUGAGUACGGGGACCUGUACAAGGUGACUUUGACUCACGAUGAGGACCUUGUGUCGGAGGUUCAGGUCAAGUACUUUGACACCGUGCCGCUUUCGAACGCUCUCUGCGUUCUCAAGACCGGCUUCCUCUUUGCUGCUGCAGAGUUUGGCAAUCACGCACUGUAUCAGUUUCAGGGCAUUGGAACGGAUGAAGAGGAUCCCAUGUGCACAUCCUCCCAUCCUCACGGAGCACAGGCCCUUGUGGCAUUCAAGCCUCGAACGCUCAAGAACCUCAUGCUUUAUGACGAGAUGCCGUCGCUGUCUCCGAUCAUCGACAUGAAGGUUCUAGAUGCCACAGGUGAAGGAAAGCCGCAGCUGUACGCCAUGUGUGGUCGCGGUCCGCGAGCCUCCUUGCGAGUUCUUCGACACGGCUUGGCGGUGACGGAGAUGGCUGUCAGUGAACUGCCAGGAAAGCCCAAUGCAGUAUGGACGGUGAAGGCCACCAUGGACAGUGAGUACGACCGCUACAUUGUGGUAUCUUUCGUAGAUGUCACUCUCGUGCUUUCCAUUGGCGACACAGUUGAGGAGGUGCUGGACAGCGGAUUCCUGGCCACUGCCCCUUCCUUGCUCAUCCAGCUGAUGGCAGAUGACUCUUACGUACAGGUACACCCGACGGGCAUCCGCCACUUGCUUCCGCGGAGAACGAAUGAGUGGAGGGUGCCUGGACAGAAGCGAAUUGUAACAGCGGCUGCGAACGAACGACAGGUUGUUAUUGCCUUGUCUGGCGGAGAGAUUCUUUAUUUCGAGAUUGACGAGAGCCACACUCUCAACGAGGUGGCGAAGCGUGACAUGAACUAUGAGGUCUUGUGUAUUGCGGUGCAGCCAGUUCCAGAGAACCGGCAGCGAGCGUCAUUCAUGGCCGUGGGAGGUGGACGUUUGCAUAGUGGUGGCAUGAGCAUGUGUAUUGCUCAACGAUUUGCUUUGUUGCCGAUGCCGCUUCGUUUCUUGCACCAGCACGGCAAUGGUGAGAAUUUGCAAAGCAUCUUGCCACAACCCACGGCUGGAUCCAGGGUUCCAUGGGAAGAGAGGUUUCUCGAGACAGACGGCUGGGAAGGCUACGACGACGUGGCUGCAAGUGACUCGGACCCGAAGUGGUGGCAUGUACCUGACGAGAAGAUCGCGGAACUCAUUCAGGGACGCACCGGAGAGGUCCGACGCCGAUCUGGAGGGGAACCCACAGAAGCUCCGCCUGGGACGGUGCCCGCUCUUCCGCCGAGCCAGGAGCCUGCCGGGCGCACCGAGCCUGCCGAGCCUGCCGAGCCUGCAGGUGCCGAAGACUCGAAGGCCGCAUUGAAGCCUUGGAAGGUCUCCGACGAUGCGAUACUGAGACUUAUUCAAGACACAGAAGCGAGGCAGAGGCAGUCGGCCCUUUCGAAGACCGGGGCGGAGCUGCUAAGUAUGCCAUCCGUCGAACACGUGCACAAGCCUGUACCAAAGCCGCGCGUUGUCUGCAUUCGGGUGGCAUGGGUCGGAACCGGCGAAACGAUUGCUCUGCAUGUGCCGCUGGACCUACCGAUCGACCCGCAACCAGCCGAUCCAGGGCACGAAGAGUCCACGGAGCUUUCGCGAACUCGGAGGCCUGGCGCGAGCCGGGCUACCCGGGCUACCCGGGCCAGCUUGGCGCUUCAGCGGCUCCUUCCUGAAGCGAGCGCAGCGAGCGAAGCGAGCGGGAGAAGCUUUGAGCCAGCCUGGCAACGGCGAAGUAGAUCGCAGACCUCACUGAAAGGGAUGCUCGAGUCCAUCACAGGCAUUCCGCCCUCCCUACAGAGGCUGGUUCAUGACAAGCACCUCUGCCGAGCCGGCGCCACCUUGAAGGAGGUUGGUGUGGCGGAUGGUGAUCAGAUCACCUUGGUAGUAGUCCCGCGGCUUCCCAACCAUGCCGAGUCAGAGGAGCUCGCGCACCGAGGUGACUUCAGCAAAGGUGUCGUCAAGAGAAAGGCGGGUAGAAAUUUCCACGUGGUUCAUCCCUGGAGGUGGGGUCAGGAUGCGAGGCCCAGCAAGGAGCCAUGUGGAUUUGUCUCGAGCGACAUUCAUCUUCCCAACUCGGGCGACCAGACUUUGUUCAAGCUCCGGGAGAAACUCGGAAUGUUCAGCUUCAGGGGUGUGGACAACACCAUCCGCAUCCUUUCUCUGGAGCGCGAGAGGCCGCUGAAGCAGCUGAGUGCCCAGGCCCUGCAGUCACCAGCUGAAAGCGUUUGCCUCCUGGAAAUGAAGAACCUGGGACAGGCAGAGGAUGUUCACAGCCUGUUCCUGAGUAUUGGUUUGAGCAGCGGCAUCCUCAUCCGCUCGGUGGUCGACUUUGUCACCGGUACGUUGAGCGAUCAGCGCUCCCGAUUUCUGGGUGCCAAAGCGGUGCGACUUCACAAGGUCUCCGUCCAGGGAAUGCCGUCAAUGCUUGCUUUAAGCACGAAGCCCUGGCUCUCCUACAACUUCCAGGGCAAGAACCACUGCACCCCGAUGAGCUACGAGCAGUUGGAGUUCGCCUCCUCCUUCGCCUCCGAGCAGUGCCCGGAAGGUUUUGUGGCGAUCUCCGGCAACACGCUGCGCAUUCUCGCGUGCGAGAGAUUGGGAGAACUGUUCAACCAGACAGUCAUGAACUUGUCUUACACUCCUCGGCGCUUUGUGCCGCUGCCUCCCGCGGUUCUGCCGCCGCCUGGCCAGCCGACCACGGACCCGAUCAUGUUGGCCAUUUUGGAGGCGGACCACAACGCAUACAAUGAGGAGACGAAACGAGAGAUCCGGGCGGCGCUGAAGAAGAUUCGCCUGACCAAGACAGUCGAUGACGAGCUGGAUGAUGUCAAGGACGAGGAUGACGAGGAGGAUCUCCCAGAAGCGCAGGUUGGAACCUUCAAAGCUGGCGAAGGGAAGUGGGGAUCCUGUGUGCGUAUCGUGAAUCCGUCAAACUUGCUCCCUGUUUUCAAGCUUGACUUGGACAUCGAUGAGGCUGCGCUGUGCCUAACAGUUUGCUACUUCUCCCAGCUUGCAAACCAGCCUUGUCUCGUCGUCGGCACCGUUUACAACAUGACGUUGUACCCGAGGCAUGCACCCAAAGCGACCAUCAAGACGUACAUGUACGACGAGAGAUAUCAUCUGCAGCUCAUUCACUCUACGCCGCUCGAUGAUGUCCCGCUCUGCCUCUUCCCCUUCGAAGGUCGGCUGCUGGCCAGCGUUGGCAAGUGCCUGCGCAUCUACGAGCUCGGGAAGCGAAAGCUGUUGCGAAAGUGUGAGUACAAGAACAUCCCCGAGGGCUUGAUGUGGAUGCACGUGAAGGGUGACAAGAUUUUCACAGCAGACCUUCGCGAGUCCUUCCACAUCUUCAAGUACCGUCGUUCAGACAAUCAGCUUUUUGUGCUUUCGGAUGAUCAAGCUCCAAGAUGGACGACUUGUGCGACCGUCCUGGACAGCAUGACCAUGGCAGGUGCGGACAAGUUUGACAACUUCUUCAUUAGCAGAAUACCAGACGAGGCCCGCGGCGAUGAAGGUGGUGAUCACACCGGCCUGCGGUUGAAGGCCGACACUGCCUACCUCACCGGUGCCACGCCGAAGCUGGAUAGCAUCGUGCAGUUCCAUGUUGGUGACACGGUCACGGCGCUGGAGAAGACAACCCUGGCACAGGGAGGAAGCGAGCUGAUCUGCUACUCCACCCUCCUAGGCGCUAUUGGAGCCUUCUAUCCUUUCGCAGGGAAGGAUGAGUUGGACUUCUUCCAGCACUUGGAGAUGUUCGUGCGGGCGGAGAAGCCUCCCCUGUGUGGCAGGGAUCACAUAAUGUACCGCUCGUACCACUUCCCAGUGCAGAGCUGCGUUGACGGCGACCUCUGUGAGCAGUUCAUGACCCUCACCGCCGAGAAGCAAAGGCUAAUUGCAAGUGAGUUGGACCGCACGCCGGCAGAGAUUAUCAAGAAGUUGGAGGACAUGCGAAAUCGGCUGAUCUGA